AUGGACUUGAAAGAUUCUCAUGAAUUUGAUAAGGUUCCUUCUCAUAUGCUUAUUGAAGCCACUGGUGAUUCUGAAGAUGAGUUUGGUUAUGAAAUUGGAAGUGCUGAUUAUGAUGAUGAUGAUGCUGAAUCUUGUUGCCAUGAUAAUGCUGCUGAGUUCAAGGUAUGUGAGUCUUUGAAUGAAGAUGAAGAUGAAGAAGUGAAAAAAAGUGAUGUUUAUGGUACUUCAUAUUGUGAAGAUUAUGAUAUACAAGAAAAGAACAAUUACAAGUCUUAUGUGUCUGAUGAUUCUUCUGAUCAAGAGUUUUUAGAUGAGAUGGAAAAGAACAGGCUUUUCUGGGAAGCUUGUUUGGCGUCUUGA